AUGAAUUUUAUUUGCUUUAAAAUAUAUAUUUUUUUCAUCUUAUUUGAUACAUUUAUAUCAUCUAAUACGAAUAUUCCAAGAACAAAUAAUAAUAAAAAUAACAAUCCAAAAAAUGUAACAACCGAUAUAACGCCUUUAGGGCCAAUACCUGAUAUAAUUACAUUGGAUUAUAUAAGUGAAGUGUUAAAACACAUUGAAUUAAUAAAAGAUGAAGUAAUUAAGGAAAAGUUGAAAAAACUUAAAUUAUUAAAAAAAAAAAGUAAAGAUAACAAAAAUGAUAAAGAUUUAAAAAAGGAAAUUGAUCAUUUAGAGAAAGAAAUAAUUGAUACUAGACUACUUUGUAAAGAUUAUAUUAAAAAUGAAUUAAAAGAAAUAAAAGUGUUAAAAGAUCAAAUUGUAAACGACAAAAUAAAACAAUAUCCAUGGAAUAAAGAUAAAUUGAUAGAUUCUGAACUAAAUAAACUUUUUCUCCAGGCACAAAUGAAAAGAGAUAAAAUACUAUAUGAACAAUAUAUGAAACAACAAUUACAAAAUCCUGUGUUACAAAAAGAAAUUUUUAAAACGGAUAGAAUUAUAUUAAAAAUAUUACAAAGAAUAAAUAAUUUUUUCACUGAAUUUAUAAAGAAUAUUCCACAGCUUGUAUUAUCAUUUGUAAAAGAUUUUAUGAGAGAUAAUUACAUUGAUAUUAUAAACAAUAUUCCACAACUUGAAUUAUCAUUUGAAAAAGAUUUUAUAAAUGAUAAUUACAAUGAUAUUAUAAAGCAUAAUCAAGAGCUUCAUUUUUCAAUUCGAAAAUAUUCUAUUACUAAAUAUUUCACAGAAAUUUUGAAUGAUCAU